AUGACCGACAAGCCGGGGCUGGAUGCAAUUCAGCCCAUAGCCGAACUGGAGGCUCCGGACAACAACCCGGAGGUGUCCGGGCAGGUAGCUACAGGCGUCUUGGAGGAGCCGAUAUCUCCCCUGAGUGCAGCAGAAAAAUUCAAGAAGGACGGCAACCGUUGCUUCUACAACUAUAGAUACGUGGAUGCCAUACGCUGCUACAGCAAGGCCAUCGACAUGUGCCCCAAGGAGCACACCACGGAGUUGGCCAUUUACUAUCACAACCGCGCAGCCUGUCACGAGAUGAUCGAGAACUGGAUUCAAGUUAAGGAAGAUUGCGCCAAGGCACUGGAGUACAAUCGUCGCUAUGCGAAGGCCUACUUUCGUCGGGCCUGUGCCCACGUGGCCACCAUGGACCUGAAGGAGUGCUUGGCCGAUCUUACAGCCACCUGUAUUUUGGAAGAUUGCAAGAACGAACAGAACAUGAAGUUUAGGCACAGCGUGGGACAGCAGUUGGCCAUUGCCAAUGCCAAAGAGCACAUGCUCCGUGAGGGAACAAGUCUGCCCUCGAAGCGCUACAUCAGAUCGUAUCUUGCAACCUUUAUCGCGGAUCCCAUGCUGAAGAUGACGCUGCCUUCAUCAGCUGUGGCAGACGCCCCUGUGCGCGGGUUCGUGCGUGCCCACCGCGCUUUCCUCGAGGAGCGGUUCGAGGAUGUCAUCUCGGCCUGCACCGAGGAGAUUGAUUCCUCUGCGGCUGGCGGCCAGUACAAGAUGCAUGCUCUGUUCCUGCGUGCCACACUCCAUCUGCUUAGUGGCUCUGCCCAGGAAUGCGAACAGGACCUUCAAACUUUACUCAGCAAUGACGAAACAGAUGUCGAAUUGCGUAUCUACGCUCAAAUUAGGUACGCUACUCUCAUCUUCCAAGCAAAUCAGGACGGCCUCUUUCUGGGGACUUUGAGUCAGGCUGAAAUGCUGUGCCCCAAAAAUCCCGACAUAUACAAUCAACGUGCUAUGCUCCUAAGCCACAUGAAGCGGUUCGAGGAAGCCUUGGAGGACUUUGAAAUCGCAGCGCGUUUGGCUCCCAGCCACGCCCUUACGGUGCUCAACAAACACCUAGCCGACUACCGUAUCGCGGUCAAGGAAGGUGACCAGCAUCGCCUUGAGAUGUCCAUUCAGCGACUCCAGCUGACGACAGGCAGGUUCCCCGACUGUGAGGAGGGCCUUGUGAUGCUGAGCCAAGUGUACACCGAACAGAAGAACUUUCUCCAAGCGUCGAAGUGCCUUGAGAAGGCGGUACAACUGUCGCCCACGAAUGCAGAGCUGCUGUGCCACCAGGCAGUCCUGCAGUUCGAGUGGCACGAUGAUAUUGAAUUGUUCUUCGCAAAACUGGAGCAGGCAAUCCUCCUGGAUCCAAAGUGUCGUCUCAUCUACGAGAACUUGGGCAGGGCGGAACUGCGUCUCAAGAACCUUCCACUCGCUGUCAAUUACUUCUUUUGGGCCAUUUGCCAUAGCCGCGGCCUCGAGGAGAUGUAUAACUCCUGUAGCCUGCACAACGCUACUGUCGCUGAAGUGACAGCGUUGGAGAAUCUGGGCAUGGUCCAAGAAGAUUUAGCCAUUGACAUUCUUGAUAUUCCGCUGCCCUAA